UUUGAAUUUUGGGACAAAAAAUUAGACUAGUUCCGUCUCUUCUCAUUAGUUCAGAGACUUCAACUUCCAACCCCCUCCCAAAACCCUACUAAGGAAGCCCAACCAAACCCGAGAAACCGAGAACCAAGUAAGAGAUGGGGAAGAAGAAAGACACUCAAUCGUCAACAUCACCAUCGUAUUCCGUGGACCUCCUGGAAACUCUAGAAGACUUCACCAGCAAGGAGAAUUGGGACAAGUUCUUCGCAAUCCGAGGCGGCGAUGACUUGUUUGAGUGGUAUGCUGAGUGGCCUCAGCUCCGUGACCCGCUUUUCUCCCUCCUUGGCGAUUCUCAGAAGGAUGUGGCGUCGACUCCUUCUUCUUCGUCUUCAUCGCUACAGAUUCUGGUGCCCGGAUGCGGCAACUCCCAGCUCUCCGAACACCUGUAUGAUGCUGGAUUUCGUGGCAUCACCAAUAUCGACUUCUCUAAAGUUGUCAUCUCCAAUAUGUUGCGUCGGAACUUACGAGAACGUCCCGUAAUGCGGUGGCGGGUCAUGGACAUGACUAACAUGCAGUUUGCAGAUGAAACCUUUGAUGCUAUUCUUGAUAAAGGUGGAUUGGAUGCUUUGAUGGAGCCCAAAAUUGGUCCAAAGCUGGGAAAUCAAUAUUUAUCAGAGGUGAAACGAGUGCUGAAGUCUGGGGGAAAGUUCAUUUGUCUGACGUUGGCAGAAUCUCAUGUUCUAGGUCUGCUCUUUUCUAAGUUCCGGUUUGGGUGGAAAAUGGAGGUUCAUGGUAUUCCUCAGAAACCAUCUAGUAAGCCUGGUUUUCAAACCUUUAUGGUGGUUGCUAAGAAAGAGAGUUCUACUGCGUUACACCAGAUAAUCUCAUCAUUUGAUCUUUCUUCUCUUGAUUGUCAUGGAAAUCAGGCAAUUGGUCUUCAUGAAGCCCUUGAGAAUGAGAACCAAAUUCGUAGAGAGUUUAUGAUGGCAAGCGACGGGAUAAAGCAGCGAAAUACUAUUCACCAGGUUUCUUCUUCCUUAACUGGAUCUGUAACUGUCGAAGAUGUGAUAUAUGAAAAUGUUGAUGGUGAUGUUAGUCGCCUUUUUCCAGAUAGAGAUUUGAAAUUCCGUCGCCUUGUUUUCCAAAGAACUGAGGGUCUGGUACAGUCUGAAGCUUUGUUGACAAAGGAGGAAUCAUCUCAUAAAGUUGUUAGUGAACCAGGGAGGAAGAAGUCUAACUGUUCUUCUAAAUCCAAACGAAGGGGAACUCAAAGAGAAAAUUGUGAACCAAGUGGAAAGCUGAGUGCCUAUCAUGGUUAUUUGGCUAGUUCUUAUCACACAGGGAUAAUUUCUGGGUUUACGUUGAUUUCUUCCUAUUUGGAAAAUGUGGCAUCAGCUGGGAAAAUGGCUAAAGUGCUUUUAAUAGGUCUUGGAGCAGGCUUGCUUCCUAUGUUUCUCCAUGGGUGUAUGCCCUUCUUGCAAAUUGAGGUUGUGGAGUUAGAUUCUGUGAUGCUUAAUCUCGCGAGGGACUACUUUGGUUUUAUUCAAGAUGAACGCUUGAAGGUGCAUAUUGCUGAUGGAAUCCAGUUCAUCACUGAGGUAAAAAACCUUGCUGCAGCUGAUAAAACAUAUAUUGCUGGCAAAGAUGGGGAUGCUCCAUCUGAUAUGGAGCUGCCGCAUUCCAAUGGAAGUUGCUGUUCAUCACAAACAGGAAGUGGAAAUAAUAGUGAGGUUGACGUACUUAUUAUUGAUGUUGACUCUUCAGAUUCAAGUUCUGGAAUGACCUGCCCUGCAUCAGAUUUUGUGGAGGAGUCUUUUCUUCUAUCUGCAAAGCGUGCCCUUCAUAAGCAUGGUCUCUUUGUAGUUAACUUGGUCUCGAGAUCCCCAUCUGUUAAAGACAUGGUUGUUUCAAGAAUGAAAAAGGUUUUUAGCCACCUAUACUGUCUUCAACUUGAGAAAGAUGUGAAUUUGGUUCUUUUUGGUCUUUGUUCUGAAUCUGUUAUUGAGGAGGAUUGCAUCCCUAUAUCUUCGCAUCAGCUUAAGAACAUAUUGACUUUGAAACAUCCGGAGAUGUGCCAAAGCAUUGAAGAUGCUGCGAAGAAUAUCAGAUAUUGGAAGUAAAAGACAGCUCUGUAUUUCUCUGGCGAACCUUUAUCUGCAUCAUGAAGAGAUAGUCAGUUGGAGAAAAAACUUACUUCAAAUUUGUUCAAGUUCAGAUGAUCGGGUCAGGUUGGAGCGGUGACAAUAGCUCCAUGAGAUUAAGAAAUAUUAUCAGGUAACGGAUGUAUUUAUUUGCAGAUAUAUAUGCAUCGCCUUUCCGUCGUAUCAUUUACUAGGAAACAAACGAACUCUCAUAAUAAUCUGUUUGCAAGGUAAGAGAGGAUGUUGCAUUUUCUUUUAUAGAAUAGUUUUUUGGUUUAUAGUCUGCUUCUCUUGGUUGCUUCUCGCCUCUACUGCAGCUACAACUGAGAUUCAACUUGGCUCAUAGCAAGUUAUAUCAUUAUUCAGUUUCAUCAUAUCCUAUUAGGCAUGUAAAACAAGAAGUAUCAGGAGAUAUAUUCAUGAAACUGUUUGUAUUGUUGUAGUAGUUUAUACUUUUGGUGAUAUUUGGGUUAAAGGCAAAUCAUUAUAUGGGUGUGCAUAUUACAUAUAAA